AUGGCCCAGGACCGCUGGUACGCGCCGGCCGUGCCCUUCGUCGCCGGCGCCGUCGCGGGCGGCACCGUCAAGACCUUCACGGCACCACUCUCUCGAUCUACUAUUUUACUACAGACGGCGGGCCGCAACCAACUCCAAACGAACGGUUCCGGCGCCCUGGUCCAGGCGUCGCAGUAUUUGAGGCACGUGUCGACGACCGAAGGGCUGCGGAGCUUCUGGAAAGGCAAUGGAGUGUCGAUCCUCCAAAAGAUGGCGACGACGGGCUCGAACUACUUUGUGUACGAAAGGUUGAAGGAAGCGUUGCGGUUCUGCUGGUCGUCUUCUGAUGAUGUGGGCUUCAAGGCGCGACUCCUGUGCGGCACGCUCGCCGGCGCCAUCAACGUGACCGUGGCCUACCCUCUGGAUUUAAUCAGAACAAAUAUCGCCUCGUCCCACGAGGCGGCGGCGCGCGGCUCGGAGUGGGCGGGCAUCGUGGAGACGGCUUCAUUGUUAUACAAAGCGCACGGCCUUUCUGGAUUCGCGCGCGGCCUGCCCGCGACGCAGCUCUGCCAGGGCGUCAAUAUCGGCCUCCACUUCGGCAUCUACGAGACGCUGAACACGAACCCAUACUAUAGAUCCGCCUUCGAGCGUGCGAUGCCGCGGUCCUGGCGCACCGUCGACGACGACGGACGACCACGGACGUCCUUCGCCUACUCCAUGGUCUGCGGCCAGUGUGCGGGGUUGGUGGCGUCUACUUUAGUGCAGCCGCUGGACCUCGUGAGAAGGCGGCAGCAGCUCCUAGGCUCGGGCGAGGGCCGCGUGAGCUUCUGGCGCGUGGCGUCGGACCUGGUGAGGAUAGGCGGGGUCAAGGAGCUGUACCGGGGCCUCGCGCCGGAGCUCUGCAAGGUGUGCCUCUUCCCCGCGUCGGGCCUCAACUUCUACGUCUACGAGCUCGUGCGCCAGGAGGUCUUUGGUGAUAGGAGCGGGCGGCGGUAGCUUUUUUGGCUUGUUAACUGUUUUUGUUUUUGCAUAUAGCGUCGACGGCGUGUGUCCGUUGUCUUCAGCGAGCGCUCGUGACGCCGCUCGCGCUGCCCGGGUGAGCCUGUGGUGCUCCCUGAGCUGCCGCCCCGGCGCGCGUUGAUGGCUCGUCGAUGGUGCGGCCCCCAUGCGGUCCGAGGUGCGCGAGAGCCCUCCACGCCUGUCGCCGCGACUCCUUGCCAAGAAUGAGCUGCAUUAACCCGCACCAGGUGGAUGGUGAAGUUAUUUCCCCGUCCAAGCUCGUCGCGCUCGGGAGGCGCCGGGCUGCCUUUGACGCUGCGAGGGCUGCCUCGGAGCGCCGAAAGCAUGGAGUACGGUGCCAUAGAUGAGCUGCCGGGCGAGGACGCGCCGCGACAGGCGAAACGGUACGCGGUGGGAGUUGUCACAGCUACCGCCCUGGUCGCCCUCGGUGCGACGUCCGCCAUCCGGACGACGACGUCGCUGCGCGCCACGGCGCAGAACCCGACGGGACGGAGGGUCCAGGUCCACGCGUUCGCGGACGCCUUGUGACCCGACUGCCGCCGGCACGCG